AUGGAAGAUAAUAAGCUGACUCAAGAAAUGAAUACCCAAAUUCUUAAUGACGAAAAAAAUUCAAAGAAAAAAAAUAAGAAUAAGAAAAAGCGUAGCGGAGAUGGAGACCAUCGAGCACCGGCCGUGGAAGGUACGGUUGCGCUCCCUAAUUCUACCGAUUUGCAGCAAAAUAUUUAUGUAAAAGAUCUUAAAAUGGCUAUGGAAGUAUUAAAUUUGCAACAAAAACCUGCUAAAACAACUGAGGAAGCUUUACAUAAAUCAUAUCAGUUUUGGUCUACACAACCAGUUCCUAAAAUGGAUGAAAAAAUUCUUUCUAAUGAACCUAUUGAGGGUCCUAAAUCUACCGAGGAAAUAAGACAGGAUCCUUACACACUACCAGAUGGAUUUCAAUGGGACACUUUAAAUUUAAAUGAACCCUUGGUGUUAAAAGAACUCUACACAUUACUGAAUGAAAAUUAUGUAGAAGAUGAUGAUUGUAUGUUCCGUUUUGAUUACCAAACUGAGUUUUUAAAGUGGGCUUUACAGCCUCCUGGUUGGAAAAUGGAUUGGCAUUGUGGUGUACGUGUUGUAAAAUCAGGCCGCUUAGUUGGUUUUAUUUCAGCAAUUCCAGCUCAACUAAGAAUUUAUGAUAAAGUCCAAACAGUUGUAGAAAUAAACUUUCUGUGUGUUCAUAAAAAGCUUCGUGCUAAAAGAGUAGCACCUGUGCUUAUAAGGGAGAUAACCCGCAGAGUUAAUUUAGAAGGUAUCUUUCAAGGCGUAUACACAGCUGGAAUUGUUUUACCAAAACCCAUAGGAACAUGCAGGUAUUGGCAUAGGUCCUUGAACCCAAAGAAGUUAAUUGAUAUAAAAUUUAGCCACCUUUCAAGAAAUAUGACUAUGCAAAGAACCCUUAAACUUUUUAAAUUACCAGAUUUACCUAAGACACCAGGUUUUCGUAAAAUGGAACCCAAAGACAGUGACAAAGUUGUAAAACUAUUAAAUGAUUAUUUGCAAAAAUUUGACCUGGUGCCAAUAUUUACUGAAAAUGAUUUCAAGCAUUGGUUUACUCCCAUAGCUGGUAUAGUAGAUAGUUUUGUUGUGGAGGCACAAGAUGGUUCAAUUACUGAUUUUGUUAGUUACUAUACUCUCCCAUCCACUGUGGUCUAUCACCCUGUACACAAAACACUGAAAGCUGCAUAUUCAUUUUACAAUGUAUCUACGGUGACGCCAUGGAUUGAUUUAAUGCUUGAUGGUCUAAUCACUGCCAAGAAUUUAGGUUUUGAUGUAUUUAAUGCAUUGGACCUGAUGGAUAAUAAGGAAUUCUUGGAACCUCUGAAAUUCGGUAUUGGUGAUGGAAAUUUGCAAUACUAUUUGUAUAACUGGAGAUGCCCUAGUUUAGGACCUAAUAAAAUUGGUUUGGUCUUGCAAUAA